UCGAUUUAUCAAAAUUGACGAGAACAAACAAAUCAAAGUUCUGAUCGGUUUCCAGACAAAAUGGAUAUCUCCUCGUUGUCUUCUUCUUCUCUGUGACAGGAAUAAUAGUUUGGUUUGGUUAUAUUUUGGUUAUUAUCCGGUUUAGUAUGUAUUUUGGUUUGUUUAUCUGGUUUAGCAAACACGAUAUAUGUAAACCUUUCUCAUUAGUGAGAAUCAAUCAAUGAAAAUCAACAAUCUUCUUAAUCUCUAUUAUCUCUAUAUCAUCAUCAUCAUCUUCCACCAUUGAAUCUCUGUUCUUCGGGUCAAUCCUUCUCCCUUAGUGAUCAUCCCCUGGGCUUUGAUUUACCCUUAUCUUGUUCUCACGGUGAGAGCUGAUUUGGGAUAUACUUUUACUGUUUCAUUGGUAUCAGAGCAGUGAGUUCUUCGAACUGGUUUUCAUGGCAGAUACACAACAACAAUCGAUGAUCAAGUCAGAUUAUAAGCCAAAGAAGCUUCCUUACUCAUGUGAGGAGGUCUACGAAAGAAUGGACAAGGGUUUGUGUAUACUUUGUGAGGAACACGACAUCCCUGGUCAUUAUCAGUUGAAGCACAAGGGAGUCAGAAUUCUCAUGAAGGAAUGUGAAGAUGAUGAUCAAGUUUCUGAUGUCUUAGAAGAAGUUCAUCAAAUCCAGAAGGUUGUGAAGAAUCCUGACACGUUCGCGGAAACGGUGAAGAAUUCAUAUCCCUUAAUUGAACCGUUGAAGCCUGCCUCAGUUUUACAGGGUGUAGAUUCUGUUGCUGAUGUGCUGAAUGACCCUAAAAUGGAUUCAUAUGUUGAGGAGGUCGAGAAAUUGCCUCAACAAUUAACUAGUGGUAAUGGCAACAUCAAUGCACACCAAGUGUUUGAUAAAAUUCCUCUAAGAAUAACAAGUAAGGGGAAACGGAGAACAAGUCUUAAGGGAUGGAAAUUCAAGUUCAAAGCCAGUUCAAAGAGAGGAAAAAUGGUGGGUUUAUCAUUUGAGGAUGCAGCUGCUUUGGUUAACGAAGAUCCUAAAGAGACAAUUUGGGAUUGUGUCUACAAAGAGUUCACAAAAACUAUGACGGCUCAUGGGAAGAAAAGAAUGGACCAAUUUAAAAUAGCUCAAGCUGAUCGUGUAUGGGAGCCACGUGGUUUACCAACUAAAUUGGAGCUUUGGGAUUGUCCAGAAAAAGAAUCAAGGUCAUACCAAGCAUCGCAUCAUAUUGAAAGGUUUUCAUUUCCUCAGGUACUAAAUUCUGACUCGGAACAAACUAGAAAUAGUGUAUUGCAGUUACAUAUUGGUGUGGGUUUGGUUGAUUCAGGACAUAUAAGAAAAUAUAGGUUGAAGUCACAUGUUGGUACAAACUUGAUUGAGUUUCGAGUCGGUCAUGGCGGUAAUAUGUUUAUUGCCACUAAAAUGCUUGUUCAUGACAAAGUGAUGGUUGUAGCUCAGAGAUUGACAAGUUUACAAAUCCCUAGACUAUCUCUAGCUAACCAUGUGUGGAAACCUGGUGGAGUAUUAAAUGAAGAUGAUAAGUGGAAAGGGAUAGAGAAAUGUUACAAUCAUGGUAUGCUUAUGAGGUUAAUGCGAUGGCUUCCUAGUAUGUGGUUGCAAAGAAUCAAGUCCACGGAGCUUUACAAGUUAGCAAUAUGUUCUUUGGUUGGUCUAAAAACGUGGUCAAGGUUAUGCUCCGGUGAUAUAUCGUUAGUUGAAGGUUUUGUGAAUGCAAAUUCUGAGAUGGAACAACAAGAAUUGCUAAGCACUAGAAAGAAGAAGCAAAAGUGGUCAAAAUCUUGGCGAUUCAAGUUCAAAAGAAGGUCAGAGGCACACAAACUAAAAGGUAAUCAACUACUUCUGGAUCAAAUGGCUGAAAAUAUUGAAGUUAACUCUAGGGAUGGUGAAGAGCAGCCUCUUGUCUCUGGGGACAGCCAAUCUAAUCUAAAAUUUAUGCGCUAUCAAAAUUGGAUAAAGAUGUAUGUUCUGGUUAACGUAGAAAAAGGUAGGGUACACCAUGUGUGUGAUGUUGCCUCUGUAUGCUUAUUACUAGAUGAAGUUGGUCAUUUCAGUUCUGAAACAUUCUCACUUGGUGAAGUUGUUAAGAUAUGGAGAAUUUUGAAAGCUGGACAUGUUCAUAGAAAGGGGAAUGUGUGGCUAGAAAACUUUAAGCAGAUGCUGGAAAUUGGUGUUCGUAGAAGAUGGUUCCCAUUGUUGAUGGAAAAUCAUGUUUCCCCACUCACAGUCAUACCCUACGGCUUGACGUCAUCUUCAAGAGAGAAGGGUUAUUUUAGUGUGUACUUGGUAAUGGGUUCAAAUAGAGAAUCAUUUCUAGCAUCUCAGAACAUGAUGGAAAUCGGGGGCAGAAUUUUUGAAACAACAAAGGUGAGACAGAAUCUGAAAAGCUGUCAAAGUGGCUCUCUUCUAGAGUUCUUAAAGACACAUGAAGCUAUAGUAGACAGAUCCAUGCUCCCUUGCAACAACACUAUGUUUGUCACUUAUCUCAGAAACUUGGAGAAGAGCUACGUUGUGUCUACCCUACGAAUUGAAGAUGCUCUCAAAGAAGCUGCGGUUGUUAACUUCACAGUGGACCGAUUUGAAAGGCAUAUGGUUACAAUCCUUUCCUAUGGAAUGUUUCACUCACCAAGACAACCAGAAGAUGGGAAAUGGUCAUGCUCGAUGUGGGGUGCUCUACACUUAAAGAGUGCUGCAAAGAAUGACACAAAGAUCUCUAUUAAUUGCGUUUACGGAUCACUGCCACGACCUCCAGAUUUCAGGACACUAGAGAAAAGUCUUGAAAGGCUGAGCAAGCACCAGAAAGAAACUAAACUAUUAUUCGCCAAGAACCACAAGUUGCUGAACCCUGAAGCCAGCCUUUACACCAAUUUGACGCAGUUCAGUACUGAGCUUCAAAGUCGCAAGAUGCACGCCAGAUACGAUAUGAUGCGAGUUAGGUAAGAAGCUUCUCUGUUAUGUGUUUGAUGAAUGAAGAUGAUUCGGAACCAAAAAGAUACAAUGCAAAGAUAUGUUAUUGGAGGAGUAAGAUGUGGCCAAAGCUUUAGUCAAAUAUGCAAAUCAGGUCGGCAUUGAGGUGUUGGUGGUUGGUUCCUCCUCAUAAGGUGGCUUUCUCAGGUAAUGUGUAGUGUGGAAUCAUGGUGAUGAGGAGGAGGAUGAUCUAGGUUCUCGAUUGUUUUGUUGUGUUUAUGUUAUUUUGUUGUUGGAACCUUGU